GAGCCAAAUCCGACCCGUUUCAGCUCACUCCCAAAACGCCAAGAUCUUCAUCUUCUUUCUUCACUAUUUUCGUAACCAAAGAAAAGAACGAAACGCAGAUCGAAAAUUCCAGAGCUCCUCGGCUCCCAAACAACCGAAUAUUCACACUAACAUCUUUACAAGAUCCGGCACGCCAUUUUCGGAUCUCCGAGAAUGGAGAGGACUGAGAAGUCAUGCACUCUACUGGUCCACUUCGACAAGGGCACGCCGGCACUGGCGAAUGAGAUCAAAGAAGCUCUCGAAGGAAACGACAUCGAAGUGAAGAUCGAAGCCCUAAAGAAAGCCAUAAUGCUUUUGCUCAACAACGAGACGAUUCCGCAGCUCUUCAUAACCAUCAUUCGCUAUGUGCUUCCUUCUGAGGACCACACGAUCCAGAAGCUCCUUUUGCUUUACCUGGAGAUCAUCGAGAAGACAGAUUCCAAAGGCAAAGUAUUGCCAGAGAUGAUUUUGAUCUGUCAGAACCUGCGCAAUAAUCUUCAGCACCCAAACGAGUUCAUUCGCGGUGUCACUCUUCGAUUCCUUUGCCGUCUUAACGAGACAGAGAUUGUUGAGCCUUUGUUGCCUUCGAUCCUUACUAACCUGGAGCACCGCCAUCCAUUUGUUCGACGAAAUGCCGUGCUGGCGGUCAUGUCGGUUUACCGGCUCCCGCAGGGUGAGCAAUUGCUGGACAAUGCGCCGGAGAUCGUUGAGAAGUUCUUGUCCACCGAGCAGGAUCCUUCUAGUAAGAGAAAUGCUUUCCUUAUGCUUUUUACUUGUGCCCAAGAUCGGGCUGUUAAUUACCUAUUUACCCACAUUGAUCGAAUUAAUGACUGGGGUGAGCAGCUUCAGAUGGUUGUGUUAGAAUUGAUUAGGAAAGUUUGUAGAGCUAAUAAGGGUGAAAAGGGUAAGUACAUUAAGAUUAUUAUAUCGUUGCUGAAUGCCCCUUCCACUGCUGUUGUUUAUGAAUGUGCUGGCACUCUUGUUUCGCUUUCGUCGGCUCCGACGGCUAUUAGGGCCGCAGCCAAUACUUAUUGCCAGCUUCUGCUUUCACAGAGUGAUAAUAAUGUGAAGCUCAUUGUGCUCGAUAGGCUCAAUGAGCUUAGGGCUUUACAUAGGGAGAUUAUGAUUGAAAUGGUAAUGGAUGUGCUUAGAGCUCUUUCGAGCCCCAACCCUGAUAUUAGGAGGAAGACUCUUGAUAUUGUGCUUGAUUUGAUAACACCUAGGAAUGUUGAUGAAGUUGUUCUUACCUUGAAGAAAGAGGUAGUGAAGACUCAGGGUUCUGAGCAUGAGAAGAAUGGAGAGUAUAGACAAAUGCUGGUGCAGGCAAUACAUACUUGUGCAAUUAAGUUUCCUGAAGUGGCUAGCACCGUGGUGCAUCUUUUGAUGGAUUUCUUGGGUGACACUAAUGUGGCUUCGGCUAUUGAUGUGGUUGUUUUUGUACGUGAGAUUAUUGAAACCAACCCCAAGUUGCGUGUUUCGAUAAUAACCAGGCUGUUGGAUACUUUCUAUCAGAUCCGUGCCUCGAGGGUGUGUUCAUGUGCUCUUUGGAUUAUUGGUGAGUAUUGCCUCUCACUUUCGGAAGUUGAGAGUGGAAUUGCAACCAUUAAGCAGUGUCUUGGAGACCUCCCAUUUUUCACAGCUACUGAGGAAGGGGAGGGACAAGAGUCUUCAAAGACCUCCAAUCCUGUAACUGUAAGCUCCACCACUGUAUCUUCUAGGAGGCCUGUGGUUCUUGCAGAUGGGACGUAUGCCACCCAGAGUGCUGCAUUGGAAACUGCCAUGUCUCCACCUACAUUUGUUCAAGGAUCCUUGGCUUCUAUAGGAAACUUGCGAUCGUUGAUUCUCUCAGGAGACUUUUUUCUUGGGGCAGUUGUAGCUUGCACAUUGACAAAGCUUGUCUUGAGAUUGGAAGAGGUUCAGCCAUCUAAAGUUGAAGUCAACAAGGCAACAACACAAGCUCUGUUGAUUAUGGUCUCUAUGCUGCAACUUGGUCAAUCUUCAGCUAUUCCACAUCCCAUUGAUAAUGAUUCUCAUGACAGAAUUGUACUUUGCAUCAGAUUGCUUUGUAAUACAGGUGAUGAGGUGAGGAAGAUAUGGCUACAGUCCUGUAGAGAGAGCUUUGUGAAAAUGCUUGCAGAUAAGCAGCUUCGGGAAACAGAGGAGAAAAAAGCUGAGGCCCAGAUAUCUAAUGCACAACCAGAUGAUCUUAUUGAUUUCUACCAUUUGAAGAGCAGGAAGGGUAUGAGCCAGCUUGAGUUGGAAGAUGAGGUGCAAGAUGAUCUCAAACGUGCUACUGGAGAGUUCACAAAGGAUGGAGAUGAUGCUUUUAAAUUGAAUCGUGUUCUUCAGCUCACAGGAUUUAGUGAUCCUGUUUAUGCCGAAGCAUAUGUUACAGUUCAUCAUUACGACAUUGUACUUGAUGUUACUGUCAUCAAUCGUACCAAAGAGACCCUCCAGAAUUUGUGCUUGGAGUUGGCCACAAUGGGUGAUCUGAAACUUGUAGAACGUCCACAAAAUUAUACACUAGCUCCAGAAUCAAGCAAACAGAUCAAGGCAAAUAUUAAGGUAUCUUCAACUGAAACGGGGGUGAUCUUUGGUAAUAUUGUAUAUGAGGCAUCUUCAAAUGUGCUGGACAGAACAGUAAUUGUCCUAAAUGACAUUCAUAUUGAUAUAAUGGAUUACAUCUCUCCUGCUUCAUGUGCUGAUGUGGCAUUCAGAACAAUGUGGGCAGAAUUUGAGUGGGAGAAUAAGGUUGCUGUAAAUACUAUUAUUCAAGAUGAGAAGGAAUUCCUGAACCACAUUAUGAAGUCAACUAACAUGAAGUGCCUGACACCAACAUCGGCACUGGAAGGGGACUGUGGGUUCCUUGCUGCUAACUUGUAUGCCAAGAGCAUUUUUGGGGAAGAUGCUUUGGUGAAUCUAAGUGUUGAGAAACAAGCAGAUGGUAAACUGAGUGGAUACAUUAGGAUUAGAAGUAAAACUCAAGGUAUUGCGCUCAGCCUUGGAGACAAGAUCACACUGAAACAGAAGGGUGGUGCUUGAGAGAGAGAGAGAGAGAGGAUCAUAUACUUAAAUUUUGCAGCUUCUGUUCCUGAUUCAAACCCUGUCAGCAAUACGCCAGCGUCAUCAUGAUCAUCCACAUCUGUCUUCAACACACUUUGUUAUUAUUGUUAUAUUUUGUUUCAUGGAGACUCAAUUUUGUUUUUAGAUAUAUAUAUAUUUUUUAAUUUUAUUAUUACUUUCGGUGUUACAAUUGAGAGAUACGAAAUAGUGUUAUCCAUCAGUUGAAACGACAAUUUGUUGAUCCGGCUUUAUCUGGCUGUCAUAUUAUUUGAUAGUAUAUUUGUAGUUAAUCUAUGAACAAUUCUUGUAAUUUUACUUUCGGGUUACUUUUUCUUUGUUUUGAGUAUUUUUGCUAUCAAUAAAAAGUCUUUGCUUGUAGAGUAUCGGUAAA